GAUGGGUUUGGGAGAGCAGGACGGGUGUCGUGGGAGGGGAAACUUGCGCGGGAAAGACGGAGAAAGACUCCGUUCCCAGUUCUCGCCCCAAACGCUCCUGGGGCGGUGAGCGGUACCUGGAGCACCCUGGGGCGUUUCCGGAUCCUCCCGUCCGGGCUUCGUGUAUCUCCGUGGUGACGCCCUGCUCCAGUUUCGUUUCUUCCCCUAAGUUAGGGCCCUGCGGAGUGAAGAUUUAAUUCCAAGGUCAUGGCAAGACAUCUGAAGUUCGUUGCCAGGACUGUGAUGGUACAGGAAGGGAACGUGGAAGGUGCAUACAGGACCCUAAACAGAAUCCUCACCAUGGAUGGGCUCAUUGAGGACAUUAAGCGACGACGGUACUAUGAAAAGCCUUGUCGCCGAAGACAAAGAGAAAGCUAUGAAACCUGCCGGCGUAUCUACAACAUGGAAAUGGCUCGCAAAAUCAACUUCUUGAUGCGAAAGAACCGGCCGGAUCCAUGGCAGGGCUGCUGAGGCCUGUGGAUAGUAGGCCCAGUAUGAAAAUCCCUAUCCAGCUAAUCUCCUUUCUUUCUCUGAUCCUAUUUUCUCUUACUUUUCUUGUAAUAAAUUCAGUCACAUAUAUGUAAGAAGGCCUGCAUACAUAGAAGCAGUCGCAUAGUUAACAAUGGACUCUGUCUUUUAUUACAUGGAAAAGAAAGUAAGUCAGAAAGUAGUCUAAGAGUAGAAUGGUAGUUGCCAAGCACUGGCCGGGAGUGGGGCAUGGGUAAUUAGUGUUUAAUGGGUACAGAAUUUUAGUUGGGGAAGCUGUACAAGUUCCAGAGACAGAUGAUGGUGAUAGUUGCACAACACUGUGAAUAUGCUUAAUGCCACUGAACUGUACAUUAAGUGGUUAAAAUGGCAAAUUUCAUAUAUAUUUAGUUAUAAUAAAAAUUUAUGGGGGAGGGACAAAAAGGGGGAGGAGGGGAAAAAUUAUUAAAUAGUCUAAGAGAGGUGAGGAACUGUUCUAAAAUGUAGUGAAAUAUAUCUACCAUUUCCUACCCAAUUCUUAUGAAACCCAAAGCAGGAAAUUAUGGAAAAGCAUCUGUUACUCUUUACUGAACUGUCCCCCCUCUACCAACUGUUAGAUAAAAGGAGAGGAGGCAUCUAUGUAUUUGGAAUAAAUUGCCACUGAAACAUCCAUCAACCAGACUAGUGCUGGAGUCCGUGUCCAGAGGAAUCCUUAAGACCAAUCUAACAUUCGCUCCUGUUUUCUGUCUUUUUUUCAGUUUUCCUAAAGGAAGCUAAUGAAGGGAUAGUGAAGAAGAAAUAAAGCUGUAGGUGGAUGGUAGAAAAGAGAGAAUGAGCGAAUAUUAAGAAAUAUAAGGGCACAGAGCCAGAAAUAUCUACAGCAGUGAUUCUCAAAGUCUGGUGUUCAGAUCAGCAGUAUCAUCAUCACCCAGGAAAUUGUUUGAAAUGCAAAUUCUGGGGCCUCCUUUAGACUCUUGAAUUGGAAAUUGGGGUUAGAGCCCAGUAAUCUAUUUUAACAAGCCCUGGAAGUGAUUCUGAUGCUUGUUAAAGUUUGAGAAUCCCUGGCCCAUCCAAUUCAAAGUAGUUUGCAGGCAGAGAUCCCUACUGUCUCCUCUACUCCUGUUUAACAAGCACUCUUUCGUAUGUUUUCUCUGUGGGAAGACUAGCUCCUCUGCUUCCUUUUGUUUCCUUUGGCCUUGCUCCCUGAUAGCUACGCUGCUAGUAUAAGGAGAGUUGGUGCCAACCUCUAUAGGAGAACACAGUGGGUAGGUGGAGUGACUAGUCCAUCUCUCCUUACCAAGGCUCCAGCCCUCAGUAUGGUGUUUAAAAAGGAGGGAGGGUAAACAGCAGACUGCCAAGCACUCCAGAUUACUAGUGUUCAAACACUGCCCCCUUGUGCUAUAAGUGCAUGAAAUCCAAUUCUCUGGUCUUAAUUUUAGUCUUCAAUAUCUUUUUCCCUUUCACAGUUAACAUACUUAAUUGACUUAGGCAGGCCUGCAAAAAGAUAUGCUGGAACCACUGUUCCUUGCCUUUCAGGACUUGAUCAUUUUUCUUACCCUCAUCAGUAAGGCCCAAAGUGAACAAAGCAUAUUAUAGGGCACAGCAUAGAAGUAGCUUAGCUUAGAAAUAGAUCUCAUCCUUGCCCUCCAGAAACUUACACUGUGGUUGAAAAAAUUCUGUAUACAGGUGGUGUUCAAUUUUGUUACCUUUGUACAACCUCAUUUUCAAGUUAGGUCCCUUUUUAGUCUCUGAAUGUGGUCAUUUUUUUUUUUUAAGAUUUUAUUUAUUCAUGAGAAUACACAGAGAGGAGAGAGAGAGAGAGAGGCAGAGACAUAGGUAGAGGGAGAAGCAGGCUCCAUGCAGGGAGCCUGACGCGGGACUCGAUCCGAGGUCUCCAGGAUCACGUCCUGGGUUGAAGGCGGCACUAAACUGCUGAGCCACCCAGGCUGCCCUGAAUGUGGUCUUUAAUGUCACUUUUGAGUGAUUUUGAGUCCAGGCAUUGUUUCACCUCUGGCCAAUUGCUGCUGCUGAAGAAUAAAGUCCUGGCCUUUGACAAAAUGGUAGGGUACCGUUUGUGAUAAUAGAGCCAGGCCUGUUACUUGGCAGUAUUCCUCUGAGAUUACAGUUGCUCCUGAGCCCCCUCCAAAAUACCAAGAAGUGGUUAAGAUCUAGAAUUUCCUUAAUCUCUGAAAAUAUCCCCUGCUUGUUCUAGUCACUUUCCUGACCGUUGUCCAUGUCCCUCAGAGCAGUGAACAGUGAUGGAUUUUAGCAGAUAACCAGUUGAGAGGCCUCAUGUGUAAAGAGGAUAACUGGAUAGCUGCCUGAAGUCCAGUCAGUUUGUGCUGUCAUGGCAGGGAGAAAGACCUUCCACUCCCUGCUCUGAGAAGCUAGAAGAUACCUUAUGGUCAUAAAAUGAAUAGAAAUUUCCCUAAUCCAUUUAUCCCUGCAUUGGGUUCAGGAGAGUGGUGGUUUGGUGCUUACCCAGUUGCAGAGUGGUAGAUGCAGUACCUCAUAUCCUGAUCUUAGGCACCUGUGACAUUUCUUUGAUGUGCACUGGAUUGCCUCUGACAGGUCGAUUCCAAUCACAAUUUAAGAAUCUUAAAAUGUUUAGUGCUCUGGAAACAGGUACCGCUUUAAAAUUGGGACUCUGUUGUGAAACUUUGACAUUGUACUUUAAAGUUUUCAGAAGUGAUCUAAGUAUGAAACGAGAGUUUGCCUAUACGUUAACUGAAAACAUUAAGGAAUAAUACCUCACUGAAUACUAACAAGAUAAAGUAAUUAUGGAGUGAUGUGUUAAGUGUAGGUAUUUGAAGGGAAAAGAAGAUAUUGGGACUUGCACUAUGUGUAUUUAAGUUUUUUUUUUUUUAAUUCAAUAAUGAGAGACAGAGAGAGAGAGAGAGGCAGAGACACCGGAGAGAGAGAGACACAGACACAGACACAGGCAGAGGGAGAAGCAGGCUCCAUGCAGGAUGCCCGAUGUGGGACUCCAUCCCAGGUCUCCAGGAUCACGCCCCAGGCCGAAGGCAGCACUAAACCACUGAACCACUAGGGCUGUCCAAGCUUUUUGUUUAGAAAGAUCUAGAUUUAAUCAUGAUCUUGGCAAGUUAUUUAACAUAAAUUUUCGUUUCCCCUGUAAAAUGAGAAUAAUUGUAUAUAGGGGUUUGUGGAGAGAAUUAAAUGAGCUCAUGCAUGUCAAAUGCUUAGCGUGGUUUCUGGCACAGAUCUUAAUAAAUGUUAACAAUAAUCUCUGGCCAGUUGUGCCAGAUAGAAGCCUGGUCAUUGAGUCCUCCUCCACACUCAGCCAUACUUAGCGUUCACUUAAUUCCUGUGUUGAAGACUAAAGUACCACAAUAGCCAUUUAACUAUUUUGCAUCAGUGUUGCCUGGCCUUCAAUCCCUCCACCCUUACUUAUGUCAGAAUGAUUGUUCUAAAAUGCAACCCUGGGGAUCCCUGGGUGGCACAGCGGUUUGGCGCCUGCCUUUGGCCCAGGGCGCGAUCCUGGAGACCCGGGAUUGAAUCCCAUGUCGGGCUCCCGGUGCAUGGAGCCUGCUUCUCCCUCUGCCUGUGUCUCUGCCUCUCUCUCUCUCUCUGUGACUAUCAUAAGUAAAUAAAAAUUAAAAAAAAUAAAAAAUAAAAUAAAAUGCAACCCUGAUCAUUUCACUUUCCUAAUAAGUAAGUAAUUGGUUCCCAUUUAAUUUCUUUUUUUUUUUUUAAGAUUUUAUUUUCAUUUAUGAGAGGCACAGAGAGAGAGAGGCAGAGGGAGAAGCAGGCUCCAUGCAGGGAGCCUGAUGUGGGACUUGAUCCCGGAACUCCAGGAUCACUCCCUGGGCCGAAGGCAGGCGCUAAACCACUGAGCCACCCAGGUAUCCCCAGUUCCCAUUAAUUUCAAGAUAAAGUCCAAAAUACUAGCAUGGCAUUUAAGGCCUUUCAUGACUGAAUCAUGCUUUUCUGUCUAACCACUUGUCUUCUCCAAUGAACUCCUGGGACAUGCUGUUUUCUCCCUCUGCCUAUACACCAGCUCUCAGUUUGGCUGUUCUCUGAGAUGACUUCCCUGAUCUCUACCAACUUUUCUUUUUCUAUUCCUUUUUUUUGUGUGUGUCUUGAAUUUAUCUUUACAAGCUUACUUCUAUAUUAGUAGUUGAUUUCUGUAAUUUGUUGUGAUGUAUUGCUUAUUUGCUUUUUUCUCUCCAUUAGAUUUUCAGUUACCUGGAGGUUGGGUCUUUAUUGUUUUUUGAACCACUGUAUUCCCAGUGCCUAGAAUAAUGCCCAGCAUUUAUAUGCUUAAUAAGUGGGGCAAUGGGUUGCUCAGUCAGUUGAGCAUUUCACUCUUGAUUUUGGCUCAGGUCAUGAUUUUGGGGUCGUGGGAUCGAGCUCUAUGCUUGAGAUUCUCUCCCUUUGCUCCCCCUAAAAUAAAUAAAUCUUUAAAAAAAUAAAUGCUCAAUAAAGAUUUUUUUAAAGAUUUUUUUAAAAGUCCUCUCUAAAAAAAAAAAAGAAAACAAAAAAAGUCCUCUCUACAACCAGCAUGGGCUCAAACUUAAAACCCUGAGAUCAGGAGUCACAUGCUCUACUGACUAAGCCAGCCGGACGCCCCUCAAUAUAUAUUUCUUGAAGGAACAGAUGACAAAAGUAAUAAUCAAUUGAGUCUUACUAUGUGCCUGGCACUGUACUAAAUAUUUCUUUAUUGUAACAAAAUAUACAUAACAUGAAGUUUACCAUUUAAACCAUUUUUAAGUGUAUAAUUCAUUGGCAUUAAGUACUUGCACAAUGUUGUGUGACGAUCAGAACUAUCAAUUUCUAAGACUUUCAUCACCUGAAACAAACUCAGUCAUCAUUAAGCAAUAAUUCUCAACACCUCCUCUCCACAGCCCUUGGUAGCCUCUAUUCUACUUUCUAUCUCUCUUUACUUGUUUCAUCCUUGUGCAGGGGCCAUGCUAAUCUCUGUAUCAUUCCAAUUUUAGUGUAUGUGCUGCCGAAGUGAGCACUCUCUCUACUUGUUUAUUCUAGAUAGCUCAUAUAUUUGGAAUCAUACAGUAGUUAUCCUUUUGUGUCUGGUUUAUUUCACUUAACAUAUUUUCAAGGUUUAUCCAUGAUGUAGCAUGUAUCAGAAGUCCGUUCCUUUUAAUGGCAAUAGCCCAUUGUACAUAUGUACCACAUUUUGUCUAUUUUUUCAUCUGUCAGUGGACACUUGGGUUGCUUCUACUUUUUAGUUAUUGUGAAUAACGGGUGUGAACAUGGGUGUUCAAAUAUCUCUUUGAUACCCUGCUUUCAGUUCUUUUGUGUAUACUCAGAAGGAGAAUUGCUGGAUCACAUGGUAAUUAUAUUUUUAAUUUUUUGAGAAACCACCAUACUGUGUACCAUAGCAGCUGUACCAUUUUACAUUUCCACUACCAGUGUAUAAGGUUCCAAUCCUCCCCCCCCCCCAAUGUCUUUAUAUCCUCACCAACACUUGUUAUUUUCUGGGGGUUUUUUGGAGGCUUUUUUUUGUUGGUUUGUUUGUUUUUAGUAGGCUCCACACUCAGCAUGGAGUCCAAUGUGGGGCUUGAACUCAUGACUCUGAAAUCAAGACCUGGGCUGAGAUCAAGAGUCAGAUGCUGGGCAGCUGGGUGGCUCAGCGGUUUAGCGCCGCCUUCAGCCCAGGGCAUGAUCCUGGAGACCCAGGAUCGAGUCCCAUGUCAGGUUCCCUGCAUGGAGCCUGCUUCUCCCUUUGCCUGAGUCUCUGCCUCUCUCUCUGUCUUUCUCUGUCUCUGUCGUGAAUAAAUAAAAUCUUUUAAAAAAAUAAUUAAAAAAGAGUCAGAUGCUUAACUGACUGAGCCAUCUAGGCACCCGUUUUGUUUAUAUUUUUGAUAAUAGUCAUUUUGAUGAGUGUGAGAUGGUAUCUCCUUGUGCAUUUUUUUUCCUUGUGGGUUUUGAUUUGCCCUUCUCUGAUGACUAAUGAUGUCGAGCAUCUUUUCAUGUGUUUAUUGGUCAUUUGUAUAUCUUUGCAGAAAUGUGUAUUCAAGUCCUUCACCCAUUUUUUUUUUAAGAUUUUAUUUAUUUAUUCAUGAGAGACAGAGGCAGAGACACAGGCAGAGGAAGAAGCAGGUUCCACACAGGGAGCCCAACAUGGGACUCGAUCCCGGGUCCCUGGGAUCACACCCCAGGCCGAAGGCGGCGCUAAACCACUGAGCCACCUGGGCUGCCCUUCACCCAUUUUUGAAUUGGGUUGUUUUUUAUAGUUGUUGAAUUAUAGGAGUUCUUUAUACUCUCUGGGAUAUUAAUAACUUAUCAGAUAUAUGACUCAAAUAUUUCCUCCCAUUCCAUGGAUUGUCUUUUCACUUUCUUGAUAGUGUCCUUUGAUGUACAAAAAGGUUUUAAUUUUGGUGAAGUACAAUUUAUCUAUUUUU